AUGACAGGGGAUGAUUGUGGUUUUGCAUUGAUGACUUCUGUUCCUUUACUGUCUUCCUCUAGAUCUCACUCUGUUUUGCCCUGGAACUUCAGCUUCAGGUCUAAAGACCCCAGCUUUACGGAAAAUACUCCUCUGCUGAGGAAUUCUUUACAAAAGAAAAGGCUGCAGUGCAUGACUGUCUGCCCUCCAGAUACCACCAUGCCAGAGGAAUCUUGGGGACAUAGCUCUGCAGACUGGGAGCAGAGUCACUUGCUUGGCAGUGAUGGGCCUGGCUUAUCUGGAUCUGCUUCCACAGAGAAAGCUGACCUUCCUGAUGGGGCUCCUGGCAUAUUCCACUUUUGGACGCUGAGGAGCUGUGUGCGCAGGCUGACUGUCGCAAGCUUGUUCGUCCUUGUGGUGGUGUGCUCUAUUUUAUUUAGCCUGUAUCCAGAUCAAGGAAAAUUCUGGCAGUUGUUGGCUGUGUCACCGUUGGAAAGCUACUCUGUGAACCUCACUGAUACAGUGGACUCCACGUUACUCCAGGUGGACCUGGCGGGUGCAUUGUCAGCCAGCAGGCUAAGUGACCCUGGGAGAGAAGAGCAUAUCGUGGUCGAGGUCACCCAGGCAGAUGCUCCAGGCCCAAGACAGCGGAGGCCACAGCAGGUCACUUAUAAUUGGACAGUAUUUUUAAAUCCAAGAAGAAAUGAGCACUUUGUCAUAAGCAGGACCUUUGAGAUACGAAGCAGAGAGGCCAUUUUGAUCACCAUCCGAGCUUCCUUCCUGCAGAACCAGGCGAUUCCUGUCUUGAUGGCUCAUCACUACCUUGGUGCAGAUGUAGAGACACAAGUCAUAAUCGCUGUGACCAUCUUGGCAGGGGUCUAUGUGCUGAUUAUAUUUGAGAUCAUCCAUAGAACACUGGCUGCCAUGUUGGGUUCCCUUGUAGCAUUAGCAGUGCUGGCAGUGAUUGGUGAUAGACCUAGACUGAGCCAUGUGGUGGAGUGGAUUGAUUUUGAGACCCUGGCCCUUCUUUUCGGCAUGAUGAUCUUAGUAGCCAUAUUUUCAGAAACUGGAUUUUUUGAUUAUUGUGCUGUAAAGGCCUACUGGUUCUCCCGGGGAAGGGUGUGGCCCAUGAUCAUCUUGCUGUGUCUCAUUGCUGCUGUCCUCUCUGCCUUCUUAGACAAUGUCACUACCAUGCUGCUUUUCACUCCUGUGACUAUCAGAUUAUGUGAAGUGCUCAACCUUGAUCCAAGACAAGUCCUGAUUGCAGAAGUGAUCUUCACAAACAUUGGGGGAGCUGCCACUGCCAUUGGGGACCCACCGAAUGUCAUUAUUGUUUCCAACCAGGAGUUAAGGAAGAUGGGCCUGGACUUUGCGGGAUUCACGGCACACAUGUUUGUGGGGAUCUGCCUCGUCCUCCUGGUCUCCUUCCCCUUCCUCCGACUCCUGUACUGGAACAAAAAACUUUACAACAAAGAGCCCAGUGAGAUUGUGGAGUUGAAACACGAAAUUCAUGUGUGGCGUCUUACUGCACAGCGCAUCAGCCCAGCCAGCCGUGAAGAAACUGCCGUCCGUGACCUGCUCCUGGGCAAAGUGCAGGCACUGCAGCAGCUGCUGUCCUGGAGGCUGCACACUUUCCAUACACUAAUUUCCCAAGAGGAUAAAAAUUGGGGCGCUAACAUCCAGGAACUGCAAAAGAAGCACAGAAUAUCAGACAGGACUCUGCUUGCCAAAAGCUUGAUGGUGUUGGGAGUUGUUAUCUUCAUGUUCUUUCUCAAUUCAUUUGUCCCUGGCAUUCAUCUUGAUCUUGGCUGGAUUGCUAUUAUGGGUGCUCUCUGGUUGCUAAUUUUAGCAGAUAUCCAUGAUUUUGAAAUAAUUCUACAUAGAGUGGAAUGGGCAACACUUCUGUUCUUUGCAGCACUCUUUGUACUGAUGGAGGCCUUGGCACAUCUCCACUUAAUAGAAUAUGUUGGAGAACAGACUGCUUUGCUAAUAAAGAUGGUCCCUGAGGAGCAGCGCCUUGCAGUGGCUAUUGUCCUGGUGGUCUGGGUUUCAGCCACAGCCUCAUCCUUGAUUGACAACAUUCCAUUCACUGCCACCAUGAUUCCUGUGCUUCUGAACUUGAGCCAAGACCCUGAAGUCAGCCUCCCUGUGCAUCCACUCAUGUAUUCACUAGCCCUUGGCGCCUGCCUAGGAGGCAAUGGGACCCUGAUCGGAGCAUCUGCUAAUGUAGUUUGUGCAGGAAUUGCUGAGCAGCAUGGAUACGGAUUCUCCUUCAUGGAAUUUUUCAGGCUUGGCUUCCCACUGAUGGUGGUCUCCUGCACGGUUGGGAUGUGCUAUCUCCUUGUUGCUCAUGUUGUGGUGGGCUGGAAUUAA